AGAGCGUUGUAAUCAGGUCUCUGCCUCGCCUCGUGGGUCUGUCAUUCAUACACAGUUAGGCUCACGCUUUGCAGAGCCGCUUCGUCUUCAGGGUGAUUCAUAAAAAGGAUUUUUUGACAAGCGCAGGUUUCUUUUAAGUCAUACUGCUGAGCUGGGUGGGACACUUGAGACAUCUGUUGAGAAGUAAUUUCAUAGGACGAUUGGUGAAGGGGAUUGAUUGCAUAGGAUCGAGCGAACUGACGAAUGUGGUGGUGGUUCAAAGUCCUGAGACUUUGCUGGCUUUUAGUCUGCUUUCUAAUUGGACUGAUUACCAAACGUCUGGCUCCCCGGCCAUAGCGCCCCCGGUUUAGGAUGGGAAGAGAACCCUCUGACGCAGUUGUCGCCGAGGGUGGCGGAUGACUCAUGACGUGUAGCAGUGCUUGCUCUGUGUCUGCUGCUAAAAGUACACGUACGGUGCUUGCUAACAGUUGGGCACGAGUGGUCAGACGGACGGCCCAUUAAGUGCUUCCCCUUAACACACUCCUGAGCCUGUUCACGGUGUCUGAUUAGUUCCCCCGACGUGGAGAACUGGAGGCCCAGCGCUGAGGGACGUGAUCUGACCCUGGGGCGGGAGCCACCCCCCAGCAUCGAGGCACAGAUGCUUUGAUCAUCAGUCCUUUCUACUGAAGGACUUGUGAUCAGGAAGCGAGGUGGUGGGGAAGCCUGCACACGUGGAGGUGCGGGGAGUCACUCUGGCUUAUGGCUGGCGUGACUUGAACUUCACUGACCAAAGUGGCUGCUUUAUGGCCUUUGGGAUGCACAUCGCACAUCUGCUUUGGCCUUGAGGGAAUGCAUGUGAGUCAAAGAGGAGUGGCCGUGGCUCAGACGUUCAAGGUAAACUAGGUGGUCAUUGUGCAUGUGAUUUUGGACACACUCCUGUGUUGAGAACACUGAUUUUCUGAGCUGUGUCAGACUCAGGAGACCACCAGCCAUUUUCAAAGCCGAGUCUUCUGGCAGCUGCAACCUUGUGACCUCUUGUAACCAUCACAUUUUUAGACAAUAAAAUUGUUUUGGAUCAGAUAUUGCAGGAAGGAGGUAGGAGCAGUGGCCGGUGCUCCCUGCUGUGUGUGCAUUAACCCCACAUCAGAAGUUAAAACCCACUCAGAUGAAAGCAGGCAGCAGGCUGCGAGCCCCUCCCCCGCCCCGGGCCAGGCUUUCAGGCUCGCUCUCCUGAGCUCCUCAGGGAAUGAGAUCUUAAUCACAGAAGACUCGGAUCCUGGGCUUGGAGCCAACUCAGUGGCCAGAUCGAGGCUGGACUGUGCCCUGUUUCAGCAGGAAGUAGCCAGAGCGGUCGUCACCCCGUUCCCGGAACGACGUGGGGCUGAGACGGGACUGGAGCGUGAAACCGAGUGCCCCUGCCGAGCUGUGAUGGACCUGAGAGGGCGGUCGGGCAUAACCCGGGGUGGACGCGUUGUCCCAGAGACAGGGAUCCAGGCUUUCCUGCCAGUGAAGCGUUACAUCCGGAAGGGCAUCCCGCUGGAGCACCGGGCCCGCGUCUGGAUGGGGGUGAGUGGUGCCCAGGCCCAGAUGGACCGGAACCCCGGCUACUACCAGCGUCUUCUCGAGGGAGAGAGGGACAGCCGGCUGGAGGAGGCCAUCAGGACAGACAUGAACAGGACCUUCCCGGACAACGUGAGGUUCCGGAAGGGUGCUGACCCCUGCCUGCAGAGGACCCUGUACAACGUGCUGCUGGCUUACGGGCACCACAACCGCGACGUGGGGUACUGCCAGGGGAUGAACUUUGUAGCGGGGUACCUGAUCCUGAUGACAGAGAGCGAGGAGGAGUCCUUCUGGCUGCUGGACACUCUUGUUGGAAGCAUUCUGCCAGACUACUACAGCCCCUCGAUGCUCGGCCUGAAGACGGACCAGGAGGUCCUUGGGGAGCUGGUGAGGACCAGGCUGCCGGCGGUGGCGGCCCUGAUGGACCGGCACGGCGUGCCUUGGACCCUGGUCGUGUCGCGCUGGUUCCUCUGCCUGUUCGUGGACGUCCUGCCCGUGGAGACAGUGCUUCGCAUCUGGGACUGUUUGUUCAGUGAAGGCUCCAAGGUCAUCUUCCGGGUGGCCCUGACCCUCAUCAAGCGACACCAGUCCUUCAUUCUGGAAGCCAGCAGCUUCACGGACAUUUGUGAGAAGUUCAGGGAGAUCACGAAAGGGAGCUUCGUGACCGAAUGCCACACCUUCAUGCAGAAAAUCUUCUCAGAGCCCGGGAGCCUGUCCGCGGCCAGGAUCGCCCGGCUGCGGGAGCACUGCAGGGCCCGGCUGCUGGCUCGGGGCUGACACCACGGCUGGACGCGCUGGAUGUGGCUGAACCUCCGCCAGGUUUUGAAGGAGCGAUUCAAAUGUUCCUGUGUAAUUAAGUCUUGCCUGUGAGUGAUGAAGUGCUAUGUUUCUAAAAAUAUAUUUUUACCUGAGAUGUUGGUAACACGUGAAACAUGAGACGUGCGUUUGUUACGUCGGCACCCAGAUUGAGUGACGUCUCGGCAGGCGCCGGGAAUCAGCGCCCCAAGGGCGCCCUUGUCCUCUGCGCCUCAGCGCUGACCUUGGGGGCGGGGUUCGUGCUCGCGGUCUCUUGUAGAAAGGAAGUUUUCAGAAUGAUUUUUUGAGUCAUCGAGCCGUGUGAAGAAUAAAGCGCACAGUAAGAUUCAGGGGCUGCCAGUCUGAUGCGGGCCCUCCAUGCCGAUGUGGCUGUGUCACCCCGGACUCCUCCUCUCAGGGCCGGACCCCAGCCCUCCACCCCAACCCCGACCCCCUCUGCCUCUGCAGACACCUGCCACCUGGGCAGGCAGUGCCUUGCGUGGGCCACGUGGGGACGGGGGUUCUUCCUGGAAGCAGCCGAAGUGACAGAAGUUCCCCUUCUCAGAAGCAAACCAGCGCACCAUGGGGCCUGCCCAGGCCCACAGGGACCUGCUGGGCCCCUGGAAGCCUCUGCCCCCUGGGCAGAUGCACAUCUAACGUCGCACUCUGCCCCUCACCCCCAGGGCCUGAGCCCCAUGUGACAGGCCAGCUGCCAGUUUCUCUCACCUGGGCUCCACCCUGGGGAGACGGACACGGGGAAACCAUGGCUGUGCUGCCACCAGGGCCCUGCCCACCUCGUGUCCCUGGCCAGCCCCACCCAGCAGGGCCUGGUGUGAAAAGGACUGGAUGUAGCAGACCACACAACCUAAGUAAGUUUCUGGGGCAGGCCCUAGGCACGGCGUGUGGGCCACUGUCCACCUAGGCCAGGGACCCUCUGAGAACACAGGUCUUGGCUGACUCAGGCCCGAGCCCUGGCUCCGAAGGCCUCUGCUGCCGCCGGCCGAGGUGUCUCCAGCACCACUAGGCUCCAAACGCCGUGCUGUCAGAGGCCUGACCCCCUCCCCCACCACCGAGUUCUCAAGUUGCCCAGAGGACCAGCUGCCUAUCAGCCCUCCCUCCAAAGAAUCGGGCCCACCCCAACUCCCCCACACGCCCUCUCACAGGAGCCGACAGAGGCAAGAGGUCCAGACGGAUGAACAAAAAGACGCUUUAUUAGCAUUGUUGCAGCCUCGCGUCCCAGGACGGGACGGACCCUCAGUGCACAGCCCACUGAGCUGCAAGCGAUAAAUCAGACUGAACGAUUACUGUACACAGUGCGACAAGGUCACCCCAACCUCCAACAGAAGCCUGAAAACCACUUGACAAAAAAGUAAA